AAGAAUCUCGUGUAAAAAUUGCGUCUAAUGGAUCGGCAAACAUUGAUAUAUAGCUUUGUUGCAAGGGGCACCGUUAUAUUAGCCGAGUACACUGAAUUUUCAGGGAAUUUCACCAGCAUAGCAUCCCAAUGCUUGGAGAAGCUGCCUGCAUCAAAUAACAAAUUCACUUACGAUUGUGAUGGCCACACCUUUAAUUACCUUGUGGAAAAUGGAUUUACCUACUGCAUUGUUGCUACUAAUUCUGCUGGAAAGCAAGUUCCAAUUGCCUUUCUAGAGCGCGUGAAGGAUGAUUUUAAUAAGAGAUAUGAAGGAGGGAAAGCUGCAACUGCAGGUGCCAAUAGCCUGAAAAAGGAAUUCGGGCCAAAAUUGAAAGAGCACAUGAAGUACAGCGUUGAUCAUCCUGAAGAGAUUGACAACCUUGCUAUAGCCAAGGCUCAGGUUACGGAAGUUAAGGGAGUGAUGAUGGGAAACAUUGAGAAGGUUCUCAACCGAGGUGAGAAGAUUGAGAUUCUUGUUGAUAAGACCGAUAAUCUCCGAUCACAGGCACAGGAUUUUAGGACACAAGGGACGAUGAUGAAGAGAAAAAUGUGGAUUCAGAAUAUGAAGAUUAAACUGAUAGUGUUAGGUGUCAUCGUAGCAGUGAUUCUCAUCAUCAUAUUUAUAGUUUGUCAUGGCUUCAAAUGUUGAUGUCGGGGCCUCCUCGGUUAGGAAUAAGUUUGCUAGAGUGGUUGACUUAGUUUUGCUGUUCCUUUGGCC